AUGGCAACUAAUGACGCUGUUGCCAAGGCACUAGAGCGGCUACGCUUGAAAAAAGAAAGAAUUCUUAACAACAAUGAUGAUGAGAUGCCAGAAACAAAGACUUCUACGCCAUUAUCCAUGCAAGUGGCACAACCUGCCUCUGGAUUUCAGCUUAUUUGCUCAGGAGAAGUCGAAAGCGUGCAUUACCCGGGUGUCACAAACGUGUACUGUCGAUAUUCAAUCACCCAUGGUGUUGACUGGCGCGUACUUCAUGGAGCAGAGAAUGGACUUUCACAAAUUGCAUACCUGGGUCGUAAUGAAGAUGAGAUCCUUUUGAAUUUUCCAAUUGACGUGUCAUUUAAAAGCACCAACCCGUUCGGCUGGCCACGUUUGGUGCUGAGUCUAUACGGGCUCGAUGGACUGGGCCGUGACGUAGUGCGAGGCUACGGCUCCAUUGCAUUCCCUGUCACACCCGGCUGCUCGAGGCUUGAAGUACCGCUCUUUCGACCGAUAUCGUCAUCGCGAAUACAGCAGUUUGUAGCCUGGUUUACGGGAUCGCCGCCUGAAUACUUCGACUCGAAAUUCAUAGCACAAAGCGAUAGUCGCGAAGUAACACGAGUCACAUCUGCAGGCAAAGUACGUGUCUUGUUAAACGUGGCUACAUACGGAAUGAAACAGUAUGGAUACACAUAA